AUGGAGCCGCUUGGCAGCAAGCCGCUCCGCCAUGGAGCGGCGUGCAAGCCCAGCACGCGACAGCGCAAGCGGCUGCAGAGCUGCAGCGACACCGAGAGCUGCACGUCGGCGGGGCCCGCGCUACGCAAGCGCCCCCGUCGCGCCAGCGCCGGCCUCUGCGGCUACGACCUCGACCUCUACGUGCGAUGGCAUUCGGCAGCGGGCGGUGUGCGUGUCAACCGCCUGCCCCUGGACCCCAUCGCAGGGGUGGACGACCUUCGCGGCCUGUUCAAGCGCCUGAUCAAGGGAGCGUUUGGCACGCCCUCUGCGCUGCCCGACUAUCUCACAGCAGCCGACUACUACAAGUUCUCCCCCGCCGAAGAGCUGAUCAGCCUGCCCGCCGACAUUGCGCGCACCGAGUUCCGCCUGGUGGCCACGCUGGACGGGUGGGAGUACACGGUGUGCGAGCGCCAGCUGCCCGGCACGCCCGACCCCGAGCGCAAGCUGCUCGUUACGCUGGCCGAGUUUGAGAGCGACGCGGUGGUGGUGGGAGACCGCCGUUACGUUGCCCGCCUGCUCUCCUACCCCACCGUCUGCGUGAAGCGCGACUUCCUGGACGCUGCCGUUGCCAAGGUGGUGGCAGAGCAGACGGAGCAGAAGCGCAGCGCCAGCCCCAGCCCCGUGCCCUCAAGGAGACUGUCUUCUGUGUGUGUGUAG